UCAAGAAACAGAUACAUCCAUGGCCCAUGAAGAAGAAGAACCAAGAAAGGUUCAAUACCCUCUAGACUCAAACUGCUACAAAAUUCUUGAUGAGAUCGGCCAAGGUGUAAGUGCCAUCGUUUACAAAGCAAUAUGUCCACCCAUCAACUCUUCUGUAGUGGCAAUCAAAGCUAUUGAUUUAGAUCAAUCUCGAGCUGAUUUGGACAAUGUUCGACGUGAAGCCAAGACCAUGUCCCUUCUCUCUCAUCCCAAUAUUCUCAAGGCCCAUUGUUCUUUCAUGGUUGAUCGUCGUCUUUGGGUGGUAAUGCCAUUCAUGUCCGCUGGUUCUCUACAGUCCAUAAUUGCUUCAUCUUUCCCUGAUGGCUUGUCUGAGCCAUGCAUUGCCAUAGUUCUCAAAGAAAUUCUAAGUGCUUUGUCAUAUCUUCAUGAUCAAGGCCACCUUCAUAGAGAUGUUAAAGCUGGUAACAUUCUCAUAGACUCAAGUGGUACAGUGAAGCUUGCAGACUUUGGUGUAUCAGCUUCGAUUUACGAGUCAAGUUCAUGCCAUGGAUUGGCAGCCUCUUCAUCUUCAUCAUCUUUGAUGCUCACUGAUAUUGCCGGAACACCAUAUUGGAUGGCUCCGGAGGUGAUUCACUCUCAUACUGGAUACAGUUUCAAGGCUGAUAUAUGGUCUUUUGGCAUCACUGCACUAGAACUAGCCCAUGGAAGGCCACCUCUAUCCCACCUUCCACCUUCAAAGUCUUUGAUCAUGAAGUUCACUAAGCAUUUUCGAUUUUCUGAUUACGAGAAGACCAAAAAUAGCAAGAAUAAGAAGUAUUCCAAGGCUUUCAAGGACAUGGUGGGACUAUGUCUUGAUCAAGAUCCAUCCAAGAGGCCUUCAGCAAAUAAAUUGCUCAAGCAUUCAUUUUUCAAGAAUUGUAAAGGUUCUGAUUUUUUGGUCAAGAAUGUAUUGCAAGAUUUGCCCACUGUAGAAAAAAGGUUCAGAGGAACAAAGCUUCAACGACUUGCAUCAAUGAACAAAACUGAUGAUGAAGAUGAAGAUGAAGAAGGGUUAUUUUUGGGAGACAAUAUGAAACAAAGGAGGAUUAGUGGGUGGAACUUUAACAUUCAUGAUUUUGAAUUGCACCCUGUAUUUCCAAUUGAGAGAGAGGAUGAUAAAAUUGUGAAACAAGUUUGCUUUGGCGAUGAAAUGAUUAUUCCAGACAAGGGAGGCGACUCAGAUGUAUGGAAUUCGAGUUCACCUGAAGAAGCAGUGGGUGGCACCCUAGUUGUUGGCCAAGGGAGGGAGGAUUUGGAAAAUGAGCAACACAAAGAGGGUUGUUUGGUAGGUGAAGAUGAGAUCACCGUUGUUCCAACUGCUGCCCUUCGGGGUGGUGGAGGGGAUAGGGAAGGGAUGAUGAGGAGUCUAUUGUUUUUGAAGACAAGUUUGGAAGAUCAGAGGCAAAAGGUGAUGGAUUUGAUAGCUUUGUUACAAGGGAAAGAGUGGGUAGAGUUGAGCAGAGAAGAGCAAUUGAUGCAAAUAAUUGCAAACUUGAGAAUGGAGCUGGAAAGUGAGAAGAAGAAGAACUCUGAACUGGAGAUGGAAGUGGAGUUUCUGAAGUUAGAUCUCUCUGGUGAGUAGUGCCUCUGAGUUAUGCUAUUCUCAAUGGUGUCUCUUUGUCUUUCCGUCUUCACUUGUGUUUGUAUUGUUUCUUCUUUUUGUGUGUCUAUUAACUAGAUGAACUGGAAUUUCCAUACUUUUGGUAGCUGGAGUGGAUAUUGAAUCACAAUCACAGAAUUGGAUGUACCAAG